UUUUCCUAAUUUCCAGACAUUGGAAAAGAUUCAGCAGUUUCUUGGAAAGCGCACUCUUCUUCGUGGCGCACUCCUCUCUCUCUCUCUCUCUCUCUUCUCUCGCACGCAAACACAUUUGGGAUAUUUAUUUCUCCUCACACUUUUGCUUCAAUCCUCAAACAUGGCGCAAAUGAAGCUUUCACUUUCGGUUUCGCUUUUUCUCACUCUUCUUCUUCUUUCUCCUUCUUCAUUCGCGAAGGUUUCAAUAUCUUCGAAGUUAGCAUCGAAGCAAGCUGAGAAGUUGAUACACGAGCUCAAUUUGUUCCCAAAAGAAUCCGAUAAUAUCGUCGAUCGGGAUCCAUUUCCCACCGCUGCUUCUAGAAUCGUCGAGAAGCGAUUCUCGUUCCCUAAUUUGGCGAAUUCUAGUAUAAUAUCCUUUGAAGAUUUGGGGCAUCAUGCCGGUUAUUAUAAGAUUAAGCAUUCUCAUGCUGCUAGGUUGUUCUAUUUCUUCUUUGAAUCACAAGGCAGUAAGGACGAUCCUGUUGUCAUCUGGUUGAGCGGAGGACCUGGUUGCAGCAGUGAGUUGGCCCUUUUCUAUGAAAAUGGACCUUUCUCAAUUGCAAAUAAUUUGUCACUUGUGCUGAAUGAAUAUGGGUGGGACAAGGUAAUCAACUAACUUUACCUUAUAAAAA